AACAUGGCUGAGUGCGUGUGAGUGUGUUUUUCCAUCUUAGAGCAGAGACGAGCAGGGAGCUUUGAAUAGGUCUGAAACUGAGGUGUUCCCGAAUCUCAGAAGCUUGGAUUGUUAUUUUACAUCUGAACCUGGGGGGGCGGCACCAUGGGUUACAGGACUGUGGUGAUGUACACAGAGAUCGGCUGCUUUGUGGUCUGUGUAGUUGGGUGGAUUUUGGUCUGUUCCACUCAGCCCAUUGAGAUCUGGACUUGGUCUGAGGUCAGCUCUAUUGUCCUGACAUCAGCAAACUACUUCUCCAACCUGUGGAAAGAUUGUGUUUCUGACUCCACCGGAGUCUCUGACUGCAAGGGAAUCCCAUCAAUGCUGGCACUGAAUUGGGACAUUCAUAUGUGCCGGGCUCUCAUCAUCAUCUCUAUUAUUUUGGCUUUCUUUGCAUCCAUCUUGGUCUUAGUGGGAAUGAAGUGCACUAAGAUUGGGGGCUCAGAGAUUACCAAUGCAAAAGUGACCUUUGCUGGAGGGAUGACCUACCUUAUAGGAGGACUGUGUGCAAUGGUGGCAUUCUCAUAUUAUGGAAACAAAAUCAGAUCAGAGUUUGAUAACCCAAACUAUAUGGAACAGAAGUUUGAGAUUGGCGUUGGAGUCUUCAUUGGCUGGGGUGGUUCCACCUUACUUCUCACUGGAGGCCUUAUCUAUAGUAUCUUAGCAGGGAGCGAAGCCUUCAAAUCAAGGCCAGAGAAGGACCCCAUCACAGAGUAUCCUGCUUACACGUUUGUUCCAUCGAGAAAGAGCUACGCAUCAUCGGCUCGCACACAGAUCACAGGAACUAAGAAGUCGAGGAGCUCCAGCGGAAGCAGAAACAGCAGCAUCUCCGUCAUCUCAAGCACAACAAGGAAGACGGGCAGCAACGUUUAUGUCUGAUUUUCGCCUACAGUUUCAUGAAAAAGUACAGUCCUUGCAGAUUUGAUCUGUUUUUGCUUUUUUUUUUUUUGUCAGAUAAACAUGUUUCAGAUUAUUUAACAAAUACUUUUUCCUCAUCACUGUACUGUGUUGGAAAGCAACAUUUUCUUUGCUGUAGAAUAUUUUUUGACUUGGUAGUUUUCACAAACCAUCAAAAGGAUAACCCCAAAAGGCUAAAUGCUAUUUUUAAACAGGUGUAUUUAUUAUUGAGGCAGAUUUUAAAGAUUGCUUAUAUCCCCAAAGGGAUAAUAAAUCAUAAAAUGACUACAAUUUAAACAAGUUAGAUUCAGUCAGUCAAUUAUGCAAAUUUUGAAGCAAAUUUGUUUGUUUUGCUUAGGAUAUUUGUUAAGUGAUUAAAUUUGCUGAGGUAAUGAAA